CUCAGUUUGUUUAUUGUUUCCGAUCGGUAAGCACGUAAUUCCGUCAUGAAUUUUCAAAAUUUGAACGAGGAUUGUGUCCGUCACAUAUUCGAGUUUCUGGACUUGGACGAUCUGUAUGCCAUGAGCAAUGUGAGUAAACACUUCCGUGAUAAUGUGAAUAAAACGAAACUGAAACGGAAAUGUGCGCUGACCGUUGACACACCGACUGCCUACAAUAAAAUUCGAAAAUUCCUGCGCCGAAUCGGUCAUCACAUCGAAACGAUUAAAAUCGUCGAAAUUCAACGGGACAGUCAUAAUUUGUCGUAUGUGUACCAAGUGACGCAGUUACUGCAAUCGUACUGCUACAAUGUGAAGCAUUUGCGAAUCGAACAUUUCGGUGGCAUUAGACUGACCGAUUUCGAGCAGCACUUUGAUUUGCAGACAUUAGAAUUGGAAAAUUCAUCGUUGUGCAGUUCGAUGGUGCCGUCUGCGUCUCAGCAGCAUGACUUUAACAUGACCAUCAAUGCAUUGACAUUGAAUACAUGUACCAGCGGUGAUAUACUCAUACUGUUAGACUAUUUGAAAAUGAAUCCAAAGUUGCGUCAUUUGCGCUUGCUAAACUGUUGUCUAUGUGCGAACGAGACCAUGACCGGUCUGUUUAACGAUGUCAUCAUAUCGUCACUACAACAUCUGCAAUGUCUCACACUGGACUACAGUGUGAAGUGUACGAAUUUGCAGCUGAUCGCCGAUCUGCCUAAUUUGAGGAAAUUGUUUUUGCUUCACUUCAACGAGAACAAACUGACGAAACUGUUCGACUGCUAUGCGAAUAAAGAGCAGUGCCGCCUACAAGAGAUCCACUUCCACAUGUGUACGAUAAGUAACAACAGCAUUUACGAGUCGUUAUCGAAAAUCAAGUCGUUGGAAGUGUUGGAAAUGUGCAAAAACUUUGGCAUGACCAGCAAUCACUUGAACAUAAUGUCGGCAUGUAAGCAGCUGACACACCUACGCUGUUUCGAUUGCAUUCAACUUAUAAACGACGAAGGUAUCUGCAAUUUGGUGGGCAAUUGCGAGAAAUUGAGAAUGCUUGCAGUGUACUGGUGCACGGGCGUUACGCUGGAUACGGUCGAUAGAAUUGAACAUAUAAACAAAUUGACGGGACGGCCACAUUUUACGUUCAAAAUUGGUGGACGAACGGGUAUCAACUGGAAUGACAGUGGACCGGUUCCGAGCAUCAGUAAGAUCGACCGAUCCACCGAUACAUUCACUUUCGAAGCGACGAACGAGAACAUCACCUGCCAGACUCAUCGUCACAACUGUUCCAGUUGGCCGGACUCUCCGUCAGAUCAUUGAUGAAAUUGCUGUGUCGUUGGUGGCAUAAGAUUUUGUAAUUAUCAAAUACACAAGCGAAAAACACAGGAACGUUGUCCUUAA